CGAAGUCUACUUCAUAAGAAAUCUCAGUUUGUACAGUGGCCAAAAGCUUUGUUCCAGGUGUGAGCCACUUUUAGUUGAUUUUUUUAUGAUAUUUGAACAGUGUUUGUGUUUUUUUUUUUUCGUUAAACACUCAGAAAUGCUACUUGACACUAAAAUUAUCCCCUUCAAGUACCAGAGUACGUGAUCAUGUCUCAGCAGUGGCCGUGACUUCCUGCAUCUUCGCGAAGAUGAUCUUUAAGCGCGUUUCAGCGCAUCUGCUAGUGAAACCGAUAUCAAACACCCAAGAGUCGCGAAUAAAUAGCUGCUGCUUUCACUCAAGAAACACAAACUGUUUGAAUUCACGAUGGCAACUUCAUGGGUUGUGAGCUGUUGGAUUGUGCUCCUCGCGAUCGAAGGAUCCUUCACAAUGGAUGAACUGGCUGUGACAGAUUACGGACCACUUGAAAUAUCGAUGGUGCGACAUGGAGAAAAGUAUGCCACCAACAGACCUUGCUACGAGUACGAAGAUGUUCCGCCUUUGUACCACGGAAUGACUCACGUUCGAGGGCCGAACGAUAAAGUUGGGAUUAUAACUUUUAAAGUCGACGUUCCGGUCAUAAUCUACCUUGCCACUGAUUCUCGCUAUCCAUACAUCCAUGGAAACAAAUAUGAAAAGACCGGUGACUUAGUCAUGCUGGGGGGCUGCCACAAACCCGGGCCAGUUAAGUUCCCAAUAUACCGGAGUAGGAGGGUACAUGGACCUGGUUUGGUGACCGUACGCUUCAGCUCUAGCCGUAUGACUGGGAUCUUCCUUAGGGAUAACGCAUUCGACGUGCGCCCCUAUGCCGAACUGAAAGUGACCUUCUCCGGUACUCCCCGGGAGAUAAGCAUGGUUCGGGAAGGAGAGAAGUUUAGCACCAACCGAGAUUGCUACAGGAUGGAAGAUAUUCCCCCGAAGUAUCAUGGAUUGACGCAUCUUCGGGGGCCCAACGAUGAGAAGACCAUCAACUUUUACGCGAAUAUUCCAGUGAUCAUUUACGUCGCCAUUGACUCUCGUCAAAAUCGUCACACUAUUUUGCCGUCGGAUUUCAAAGCCACUGGGGAAAGGAUCAUCCAUGGGGGUUGUCACGAUCGUACGAAGUUCCCAAUAUACGAGAAGAAAUAUCCCAAAGGGGGAACUGUUACUGUUCCACUCACGGCGUCCCGGAUGUUAACAGUUAUGGUUAAGCCUCUGAUGAUGAACUAAUCAGCGCUCAGACACUUAGUCAAAAUAAGAUUUGAGAGUAAAUUUUUAUCUCGAAAAGAGAUAAAGAGACUAAAGAGACUAAAGAGAAGCGAAAUGUAAUGCUAUUAAUUGGAAUAAAAGACAGAAAGUACUUGCUCCUAAGGUGCCGCCCCUUCCGGUUGAGAGACAAAGAUUUCACCACCUGACCCCUGAGAGUGACUAGCCUCUAAUUUCUCCUUACAGUAUCACCCCUGAAUCC